AUGUGCUCGGGACAGUCAGUCGUACGGCGGCCGCUAUUCUCAAAGUCCAAUGUCGAACUCAUAAACUCUCUCCGCGCCAACUUUGCUUCCUUCCAGCACCAUUCCUCCAGUAGCACGACGCCCAAGUCCCCAUACCCGGUAUGGACGACGCAAGAAGGCGAUACCCUCUACGUGCCGUCAUGGCGUCCGACACCGCUCACCGAGCCACGAGACUCGUACGAUGUCACCUGCAAACUGUUCUUCCUCCCCGGCAUUCCGAGUAACCGCCGGUGUCGGCAUACCAAGGAGGCGAUUGAUCUAGUGUUAAAAGAGCUGGGCAUCGACCGCAUCGACCUGUUGAUCGUGUCCUACCCGGGGGUGAGUUUUGACGCUGAUGACGAAGAAGAUAUAUCCGCGGACGAAGACGAAAGCGCUGCCAGCGACGAGUCCGAGGGGCUGGAUGCACAAGUCAAGACCUGGCAGGUGCUGGAAUUGUUGCACGAGCAGGGCAUCAUCUCACAACUCGGCCUCUCUGAGUUCAGCUCCGACCGGCUGGCCAAAUUCUUGCCGGAGGUCAAGGUCCGUCCCUCGGUCGAUCAGAUCAAUGUCAAGGACUGUUGUGUCGUGCCCAAGUCACUCAUCAUGUAUGCCAAGCAGAACAAGAUCGAGCUUCUUACGCAUGCAGAUUGUAUGGACAUCCUGCCUCCUGGCACGACGCGAGAGCUGCUUGGCCCGGGAAAGGACGGUGCUGGCAUCAUUGCUGCCACGGCGGACGCUGGCCCUGAGGACCUCGGCCUGAAGGGUGACAUUGAGCCCCAGUGGGUGAUCAAGUAUACCGCCGUGGUUAAGAACCGGGGCGUUAUCGAGAACAAAGGAUAUUUUGCCGUUGCUCAAUUAGGUAGCUGCAUCGAAGAGAAGCCGGUCGACGGAGGAGCCUCGUAA